AUGUUUAAAGAAACAAAAAUAAUAAUUAUUGGAGCUGGAGCUGCAGGUAUUGCCGCAGCGACUAGAUUAAUGAAAAAAGGGUUGGAAAACAUCAUAAUCCUUGAAGGAAAAGAUCGAAUCGGUGGUAGAAUAAAUACAGUCGAAUUUUGUAACGGAUAAUGUUGUGGAAUUAGGAGCACAAUGGGUUCAUGGUGAAGAAGGGAACAUUGUUUAUGAGCUUGCUUCUCCACAUAAGUUAUUGAAUUCCUCAAAAUGUUUUAAUGAGUACGAUAAACAUGUAUUUGUUACUGCAAAAGGAGAAAUGCUCUCAAAGAAAGAAUCUGUAGAAAUCUUUAAAAUUUAUUAUGAUAUUUCUGAAAAUAUAUCAGAUGAUAUAUAUAAUUCAGAAUCAUAUGGGGAAUAUUUUAUAAAUAAAUUUAAUAAAAUAUUUGAUGAAAAUCCGUUUACUAGUCGCGAUAAAGCUGAACAGUUACUAGAUUGGAUGCAUAAAUUUGAUAAUUCCAUUCAGUGUAGCGAUUCAUGGUUUGAUGUUUCUGCAAAAGAAAUUAAUAAUUAUUGGACUUGUGAUGGAGAUCAUGUACUUAAUUGGAAGGAUCGCGGCUACAAAACAUUAUUUGAUUUACUAUUUCAAAAAAUAUCAAACGCAGAAAGUAAUCUGCCAAUAAUGGAAAAAAUAGAAUUUAAUAAAGAUGUUGAUAAUAUUGAUUAUACCUCGAAUAAUAAUAUAAUUGUAAAAACUAAAGAUGGUUCAAAAUAUAUAGCAUCUCAUGUUAUAUUUACUCCAUCUCUUGGUGUUUUGAAAGAGAAACAUGCCACAAUGUUUACUCCACUUUUGUCUGAAAAGAAACAACACGCAAUAAAGGCAAGGUUUAAUAGUAAUAAAUAA